AUGUCGUCUCCGUGUCUGCUCACAGCUAGAUCUCAUCUUUCCAUUUCCCUUCUUCUCCUUGUUAUCAUUCUUCCUCUCACAGCAACAACAGCUCAAGAAUCUUCCCUUCUUGAAAUUCUCCGCCACCAUGGCCUCCCAGCAGGACUCUUCCCUCAGAGUGUGAAAUCAUUCGAAUUAGACCAAAUGGGUCGUUUAGAAGUACACUUAGACCGUCCUUGUUUGGCUCAGUACGAAACAACAGUGUUCUUCGACACGGUUGUUAAAGCCAACCUUAGUUUCGGACAGCUUAAGGUUUUGCAAGGCAUGUCUCGUGAAGAGCUUUUCCUAUGGCUACCUGUUAAAGAUAUCAUUGUUACUGAUCAAUCUUCUGGCCUCAUUCUCAUUGAUAUUGGUUUUGCCUAUAAACGACUCUCUUUCUCUCGUUUUGAUGAACCCCCAAUUUGCAGAUCUCAUCAAGGUCUUUCUUUUCGUAUGGGUGGAAGGAAGGGUUUUGGAUUUGGAGAUCAGAGAUGA